UCCUUGUUGGUUUCCUCGCGCUCGUAUGGAGGACGAGGCGAGAUGAGGAGAUUAGAGGGCAAGGUCGCAAUCGUCACGACCUCCACCCAAGGGAUCGGCUUCGCCAUCGCCGAGCGGCUGGGCCUCGAGGGCGCCGCCAUCGUCGUCUCCUCCCGUAAGAAGAAUAAUGUCGAUGAGGCAGUGGAGAAGCUGUGGUCGAAGGGAGUUGAGGUGAUGGGGGCGAUCUGUCAUGUGUCGAAUCCUCAGCACCGGAAGGAUCUCGUGGAGAAGACCGUCCAGUGUUAUGAGCUAACGGUUGUCCAGACGGAGUUAACAACUUAUUAAUUGGAGGAGGACGAGUAGUUCGAGAAGAGGAAAACAAUCCUCCUCCAAUCUCGGGACUUUAACCUGUUGAUUAUCGACUCCAUUACCAAAGCUCUCCUACUUAGGGUCGACGGUGCAGUUAAGCAACUCAGAGAGGGGGCCUAUUUUGUGUCCGAACCCCCAACUCUCUUCCUCGACCUCUAAAGGUUAAUCGAGGAGUGUCCUCCCAGCUUAUUUCCAAAUCUACUAUAGUUUGUUUUUGUAUUUGCACCUGCCCCUUGGACAAGCGAAACUUUGUAAUCAAGAUUUCCUCUCCUGCAAAUAAGAUUUUAGUAAGUUUCACCAA